AUGGCGGAAGCAGAGGAGCAGGAAACCGGGUCUCUUGAAGAAUCUACAGAUGAGUCUGAGGAAGAAGAGAGUGAAGAGGAGCCCAAACUGAAGUAUGAAAGGCUUUCCAAUGGGGUGACUGAAAUUCUUCAGAAGGAUGCAGCUAGCUGCAUGACAGUGCAUGACAAGUUUUUAGCACUGGGCACACAUUAUGGCAAAGUUUAUUUACUUGAUGUCCAGGGGAACAUCACUCAGAAGUUUGAUGUAAGUCCUGUGAAGAUAAAUCAGAUUAGCCUGGAUGAAAGUGGAGAACACAUGGGCGUGUGUUCAGAGGAUGGCAAGGUGCAGGUAUUUGGACUGUAUUCUGGAGAAGAAUUUCAUGAGACUUUUGACUGUCCCAUUAAAAUCGUUGCUGUGCACCCAUGCUUCGUGAGAUCCAGUUGCAAGCAGUUUGUGACCGGAGGGAAGAAGUUGCUGCUGUUUGAACGGUCUUGGAUGAACAGGUGGAAGUCUUCUGUUCUGCACGAAGGGGAAGGGAACAUAAGGAGUGUGAAGUGGAGAGGCCACCUGAUUGCUUGGGCCAAUAACAUGGGUGUGAAGAUUUUUGACAUCACCUCAAAGCAAAGAAUCACCAAUGUGCCACGGGAUGAUAUAAGUCUUCGCCCAGAUAUGUAUCCCUGCAGCCUCUGCUGGAAGGACAGUGUGACACUGAUUAUUGGCUGGGGGACUUCUGUCAAGAUAUGCUCGGUGAAGGAACGGCAUGCCAGUGAAAUGAGGGACUUGCCAAGUCGCUAUGUUGAAAUAGUGUCUCAGUUUGAAACUGAAUUCUACAUCAGUGGACUUGCACCACUCUGUGAUCAGCUUGUUGUGCUUUCCUACGUAAAGGAGGUUUCCGAAAAAAUGGAAAGAGAAUACUGCGCCAGGCCUAGAUUGGACAUCAUCCAGCCACUUUCUGAGACUUGUGAAGAGAUCUCUUCUGAUGCUUUGACAGUCAGAGGCUUUCAGGAGAAUGAAUGUAGAGAUUAUCAUUUAGAACACUCUGAAGGGGAAUCUCUCUUCUACAUUGUGAGUCCCAGAGAUGUUGUAGUGGCCAAGGAACGAGACCAAGAUGAUCACAUCGACUGGCUCCUUGAAAAGAAGAAAUAUGAAGAAGCUCUGAUGGCAGCUGAAAUUAGCCAAAAGAACAUUAAAAGACAUAAGAUUCUGGAUAUUGGCUUGGCAUAUAUAAAUCACCUGGUGGAGAGAGGAGACUAUGACAUAGCAGCACGCAAAUGCCAGAAAAUUCUUGGGAAAAAUGCAGCACUCUGGGAAUAUGAAGUUUAUAAAUUUAAAGAAAUUGGACAGCUUAAGGCUAUUAGUCCUUAUUUGCCAAGAGGGGAUCCAGUUCUGAAACCACUCAUCUAUGAAAUGAUUUUACAUGAAUUUUUGGAAAGUGAUUAUGAGGGUUUUGCCACAUUGAUUCGAGAAUGGCCUGGAGACCUGUACAACAAUUCAGCAAUAGUUCAAGCAGUUCGGGAUCACUUGAAAAAAGACAGUCAGAAUAAGACUUUACUAAAAACCCUGGCAGAAUUGUACACCUAUGACAAAAACUAUGGGAAUGCUCUGGAAAUAUAUUUAACAUUAAGACAUAAAGAUGUUUUCGAGUUGAUCCACAAGCAUAAUCUUUUCAGUUCUAUCAAGGAUAAAAUUGUUUUGUUAAUGGAUUUUGAUUCAGAGAAAGCUGUUGACAUGCUUUUGGACAAUGAAGAUAAAAUUUCAAUUAAAAAGGUAGUGGAAGAAUUAGAAGACAGACCAGAGUUGCAGCAUGUGUAUUUGCAUAAGCUUUUCAAGAGAGACCAUCAUAAGGGGCAGCGCUACCACGAAAAACAGAUCAGUCUUUACGCUGAAUAUGAUCGACCAAACUUACUUCCCUUUCUCCGAGAGAGUACCCACUGCCCACUUGAAAAGGCUCUUGAGAUCUGUCAGCAGAGAAACUUUGUAGAAGAGACGGUUUAUCUUCUGAGCCGAAUGGGUAAUAGCCGAAGUGCCCUGAAGAUGAUUAUGGAGGAUUUGCAUGAUGUUGAUAAAGCCAUCGAAUUUGCCAAGGAGCAAGAUGACGGAGAACUCUGGGAAGAUCUGAUUUUAUAUUCCAUCGACAAACCACCAUUUAUUACUGGCUUGUUAAACAACAUCGGCACACAUGUUGACCCAAUUCUACUGAUUCACCGUAUUAAGGAAGGAAUGGAGAUUCCCAAUUUGAGAGAUUCCUUGGUUAAAAUUCUGCAGGACUAUAAUUUGCAA